AUGACCAAACCGGAACGAGGUUCCGAAGCGAGACGAUGCAUCGCCAUCGAUCGCUACUUUAUGGAAUUUCCGGAACUGAAAUGGCUCAAAGAAGAUCCUCCAACAUGGAUUGCAGAGACUAAAUGGUAUGCUUCUGUGGUCCUAUUGCCCUGGGAUGAUAUCGUACCAGAUAUCUUGUCUAAGGACCUCGCCGAGUGGUUGCUUGAACCCGCCCAACAACUCCUGAGACGUUGUUGGGCUUGGAACGAAGACCGAUUGGCGAUAGAUGUUGGGCAAAAAUUCAGAGAGAUCAAGCAAGUGGAAGCUGAUCCGAGCUUUCACAACAUCAGCGGAGUGCAGAGCCAUAGUCGAUGUCUCUGCAGAUAUUUCGACGGUUUCAGAGCUAACAGCUCCGAUAUCCACUGUCUUUUGAACCCAACAGCGGAUUGA